CGGCAUUCGAGAGAGACAAAGCAGCCGAGCCGAGGCCAGAAAUGACCGGUUUGAAGAGGUCGCCGUUGGAGAGAAACGGCACAACUACCAAACCGUGUAAAGGUCGUCGUCCCGUCUGCCUUGCCGAUCCGAUUUUUGGGUUGUUCGUCUUUCUCGCCAAACAGGGUGUUCGGGUCAACGACCUCUUCCGACGACCCGGCAACAUUGGGCAAAUGAAGGUGGGCAGAAGAGGCGAUUUUGGCCUCUUUCCGCUUUUUAUCACACACCAAUCACACCCUAAUCACACAACAAUCAAACAGCAACAACACGCCGACCGGGCCUCGAAUCUGAAGAGUCAGAGACUGAUGCAGCAACGUGUGAAUAGGCGUACAAAUAGGCUUUUGAGACGAUGGCAACACGAAGCCCACCUACAGAAUGCCAUUGUGGGGGGACUUUCAUUUUGCAUGAAAGUGCAUAAAUAA